AUGCCGACGACCUUUCACCUGUUUAUCCUAGCUCUGCUGGCCGCUCGUGGGCCCAUUACGGCCCUGACCAUCUUGGUGAGCACAGCAACCUUCAGUGCCGGUGCCUUCUUCGUCGCUCUUCGCAACACCGCUCUCGAUUGCCCUCGCCACUCUGCUACUAACGCCGCCUAUGGUGUUGAUAUCCUGACUGAUCUCGUCACCUUCAUCGCCGCUGCUGGUGCCACUGCUGGAGCUACCUUUAUCGGACUGACCAGUCCCACUCCCCGUAAUUCCCCCGUUUUCCGUGUCGACGAUGUUGAUGUUGAUUGGUAUGAAAACGCAAACUCGCAUCGACAUGGGCUCAACAGAACUAUUGACAAUCCCGCCAUUGUUGAGUGGCAGUUCAACCACACCUCACCUAUCCAGAAGUACAUCACAUAUGAGAAGGAUGGUUAUUUGCAUAAGCGUCUUGAUACUGGAGUCGACAUUCCGGAUUCGAGUGGAAAGAGAGCUUUAUGCCGCGCCUACUACGAUACGCGCUUCUGGUCUGACGACCUGCGCACUUGGGAGUACCGAGCCGACAUUGGCGAAGAUCUUUUCUACCAGUUUGUAAAUCGGGAGUGGAAGGCAGGAUGUGUAUGGUUCAGGGAAAACAAGGCAGCCACUGGUGGUAUCUACGAGGCUUCUUUCGAGCUGGGUGCAUCUUGUAGCCAAGAGAAGCCUGCCUAUCUCAACUGUGGCAAAGCUACAUAUAACGUUGAGGUUGCCGGCUUUAACUUCUAG